AUGUAUGGCUGCUUCCAUGAUCAGCUGGAGCAGAGUGCUUGCGGCCGAGACGGGUUGGGCAGCUUCGCGAUGUGGGGAGGCCUGUUCUCCCUGAUCGACUGCGGGCUGGUGAAGGUGCGCGGGAAGGAGGACCCCUGGAACUCCAUCACCAGCGGAGCCAUGACCGGCGCCAUCCUCGCUGCCAGAAAUGGGCCCGUUGCCAUGGUGGGCUCGGCGGCGAUGGGCGGAAUCCUGCUGGCGCUGAUCGAGGGUGCAGGCAUCCUGCUCACCAGAUUCGCCUCCUCACAGUUCCCCACCGGGGCCCAGUUUGCAGAGGAGCCCGCCCCGAUGCCGCCCCCCCCCUUCGGAGAAUACAGGCAGUAUCAGUGAGGGAGGGGCCGCCCUCACCCACCCCUAGGCUUUUUAAAAUACCUCCACAGAUCUGACUCGAAAGAAAAUUCUGGAACUUCUUCAGAAGGAACUCUGCAGUGCAUCCCAACUUCAAGGAUUUCAUUUUUUUACUGAUUGUUUUUUUUUUUUUUUUCCUGAACCAUCAUUGCCAUCUGCCUGUUAAAAAGCCUCAUCUGUUGCAUGUUCCCCACGAUCAGUGUGUGAAUGUUGGUGGUCAGCCCCGGAAUGGAAAUGUCGUCAGGGCCCAUGCAGUUGGGUGGCAUACAGGGGGUUAUAUUGGGAUUUAGGAGACAAUGGAACUCUAGUCUUUAACAUGCUUCAGUGUCCUGGUGGGAUUAUUUCAGCUGUCAGCAGGCUGACUUCCGCUUUUACGUAUUCUGGAAACGUACGGCUAACCGUUUUUUUAAAUCGGUAGCUGUGCGAGAUGGCUUUGGAGUUCCGUUGCGUCCUCCCUGCUCAAUAUCACCAUUGUACACAGAGAUGUGCGGCCCACUUAGAUUCCCCGGAGGUCCGCUUACGAGGUAGCCUGUUGACUAGUAGCACACCUGAGUCACAUGACUUGGUCCUGACCAGUGGACAAGCUGGAGAGGUAAACUAGCCUCACACCGAUAGGGACUCCAGAGCCUAGCUGGCCUAACCCCAUGGCACACCCACCUUCUGCUAAUGUGUG